CCGGGCCGGUGGUCGGGGUGUUGUCGGAAGGGUGGAGGUGUCGGGCGCCAGUCGCUACGCGGACGUUGAGCCUCGGGAUUCCCCGUGUUCGUGCUCGAGCCGAGACUUUUUUCGUACCGUCGAUAAUACCGCCUUCCACCUGAAACGAAUCGGCCGCCAUCCUCCUUCGAUCUAUCGGUUCCAGCGUUUCUCAACGGUCCCCUGGAUUUUUCCCUUUUUUUCUCGGUUCCCCGUCCGUUUUUUUCUUCGGCGAUCGCUCCGCUCGCUUGUUUUUCCGAGUUUGGUCGGCGUCGCUGAUCGAUCGCAGCGAGACCCGAGCCGAUAAUCCGCGACGAGUCGGGAUCGGCCGCGUGUGAACGUGGAUCGUUCGCGGUUUCUGUGACGGAUCUCCGCGCUACCAGUGCCGAUCGGUGACUAUCGUGUACCCUGUGGUGAUGAUAAUGAUGAUGAUGAUGAUGAUGAGGAGGAUGAGGAUGACGAUGGUCUUGUCCUGAGGAUACGAGAUUGUGAUUGUAGUUGGCAGACUUUUAAGGAUAAAGGAUCGGCGCGCCGGUACGGGGGACGCUGAUAAGUGAACGGUUCUCGGAUGUUCGAAUGAGUGCGACGGUCGACGAACUUUCCACGAGGAAUUAUUUGGAUUUGUGCCCGUGUGCCAGUGAGGAUUCUCUCGCCUCUCGUCAUCGAUCGGAUCUCUCGACGGAUGAGUAACGAAGCGUGGCCCGGUCUCGAGAUCGCGGUUCGUGGAUCGAGCAGGUGAACCGGGGCUUGAUGAGCCCGCCAGAGCCCAUCAACCUUUCGAAUCCUAUCGAACGACGAAACAUCGAAUCGGCCAGCAGCAGGAACGUAGGAGGAUGUACUCUGACGAAUGGAGUACAGGCGGGGGAUCGUAAGGAGAGAUAAAACGCUGAAACCGGUGCCGCGGUGGUAAAAUGAGAUAGAAAUACGGGAGGAAGGAACCGGUGGGCGGCGAAGGAACGAUGUGCUCGAGCGUGCGGGCCUGGCGGUGGCGAGGGGCAGCGGUGCUGGGCACGAUGAUGCUGCUGGUGUUGUCGUGGACGUCGACGGCGGCUGGUUGCCCCUCGGUCUGCACGUGCAAGUGGAAGAGCGGCAAGGAGUGGGUGGAGUGCGCGAACAGGGACUUGAAAGGGCUCCCGCAGGGCGCGAGGGAGGAGACCCAGGUGUUGGACCUGUCCAACAAUCACCUGGUCAGCCUGCCGCCGGAGUGUUUCCACGCGCUCGGCCUGAUCAAUCUGCAGCGCCUGUACCUGGCCAGGUCCCAGAUCAGCCGUAUCGCGUCCCGCGCGUUCGUCGGGCUGGUCGGGCUGGUGGAGCUGGACCUGUCCGAGAACCUGAUCGAGGAGAUACCGUCGGAGACGUUCCCGUUCUACUCGAACCUGAUGAAGCUCCUGCUGAACGGCAAUCCCAUACGGGAGAUGAGGCGCGCAGCCUUCCAGCAUCUGGCGCAUCUGACCAAUCUGGAGCUGAGCCAGUGCCGCUUGGAGAGCAUCGAGCAAGGCGCCUUCGAAGGCCUGCACCUGCUCGAGUGGCUGAGAUUGGACGGCAACCGGCUGACCCGCGUGCCGGACCGCACGCUACCUUUAGGUGGCAGCCUUAGAGGACUCACUCUUCACAAUAAUCCCUGGCUAUGCGACUGUCGACUGAGAGCCACGCAAGCCUGGCUCAAGGAGUCCGCGCCAGCCGCCCCGCAAGAGUCCGAGCCCGUCUGCGACGCUCCGCCCAGACUUCGGGGCAGACAGAUCAAGACUGUGAAGCCCAACGAACUGGCGUGCCUGCCGCAGAUAGAGUUGCAGGAGAAACUCGAGGUUUACGAAGGGGAGAAUGUCACCCUCAAGUGCGACGUUUACGCUGUGCCCAUUGCCAAGCUUGGUUGGUGGUUCAACGGGGAGCCCUGCGAGCUGCAGAACGAGAACGACUCGAUGGCGAGUGGCUCUGUGGGAUUUCCACGAUACGUGUACAGGCAGCGCGGCGGGACGAACAUGAGCAGCACGCUGCUACUCUACUCGGUGGAGUCGCUGAACGAGGGCACGUACACGUGCAUAGCGGAGAACGGCGCUGGUUCCGCGGAGGCGAAUCUCUCUCUGCGAGUCCUGUUCCAGGAGAAGAUCACCGUGGAGCCGCCCAACGAUCACUCCCGGUCAGGCUACAUCGUCGCUAUAGCGGCGGGCGCGCUGGUGGGCACGUUGUUCGCCCUGGGUUCGCUGAUAGGCAGCAUAGUGUUCUGCGUGCGCAAGAGACGCCGGGACAGAAAGCGAAACUCGAAGGCGUUGGUCUCGCAGAACAAGUCCGUGAUGCCGAUCACCAAGGACACCACCACCGGUCUGUCCUGCAGGAAGGGGAACGGCAGUCUGAUAGGCCUAGAACACCAACAGAUAGUCUCGUACACGGAGCGAGAGGUGAACAGAGCGGCGACGCUGGAGCACAGGGAGCACAGGGUCGUGGACGAGCCUUACUGCAGCCCGGUCUCCAAGUACCUGACCGAACCGGACCUCAUCAACGAGGUGCCGGAGACAACCGACGUCGGCUACGGACAGCUCUACAGACACCAGCCCGGCGAGAGGCAAAUCCUCGAGUACGACUCCGGAUACCCGUUGCAACCCGAUCUUCGACCACCGACCAUCCCACAGCUGAGCUACCUCGACCAAGACGGCUAUCCCCUAAACUUCGGUCUGCCGAAGAUACCUUUCAGCGCUGCCAGCACUCUGCCACGCUUGCGGACCAGGAUGGCGGAAGGCUCCGCGGUCGCGCCGCCCGCCAGAUACUCCAGGGAAGCGGAGUUCCUCGCUAGAUCGCCUGGAUACGACCCAGUACUGCCAAGGACUGACGCUAGGUACACCGCUGAAGGCUACCCGUACCCGGCCCAGCAGGCGCCGCAGAUCCAGCCAGUCGAGCAGCCGCUGCAGCAGCAGCUGCCGAUCUCUCCGGUGUCUCCUGUCGCGGUGUUCCCCGAGGUACCCUUCAUCCCCUCGCCCCCAGCCGCGUACAGAGGUGAAACGACGCCGUUGUCCCCUAGAUCGCUGCUCAGCAAAACGGCCAGAGAAGCUGCGGCGGCUGCCGCUGCUAGAGCCGAGGACCUGCAGCCGCCCCAUCACCCGGAGAGUCCCGACGAAGGCUACGUGGGCGACGCGAUGGACGUCUAA